CGUGGGUCACGCUCUCGCUGGCUCUCUUUCUGCCGCCAUCUUGAUUCCACGUUCCCUCCACAAAAUGCCCGGCAAAGCCACGGAAACCGUCCCUGCUAUAGAGCAGGAGCUGCUGCAGCCCCAGGCUGAGACAGGGUCUGGAACAGAAUCUGACAGUGAUGAGUCAGUACCAGAGCUUGAAGAACAGGAUUCCACCCAGGUAACCACACAACAAGCCCAGCUGGCAGUAGCAGCUGAAAUUGAUGAAGAACCAGUCAGUAAAGCAAAACAGAGGCGGAGUGAAAAGAAGGCACGGAAGGCUAUGUUCAAAUUGGGUCUUCAACAGGUUACAGGAGUUACUAGAGUCACUAUCCGGAAAUCUAAGAAUAUCGUCUUUGUCAUCAUAAAACCAGAUGUCUACAAGAGCCCUGCUUCGGAUAUCUACAUAGUUUUUGGGGAAGCCGAGAUCGAAGAUUUAUCUCAGCAAGCACAACUAGCAGCUGCUGAGAAAUUCAAAGUUCAAGGUGAAGCUGUCUCAAAUAUUCAAGAAAACACACAGGCUCCAGCUGUACAAGAGGAGAGUGAAGAGGAAGAGGUCGAUGAAGCAGGUGUAGAAGUUAAGGACAUAGAAUUGGUCAUGUCACAAGCAAAUGUGCCGGGAGCAAAGGCAGUCCAAGCCCUGAAAAACAGUAAUGAUAUUGUAAAUGCUAUUAUGGAAUCAACAAUGUAACCAUCUGAAAGCAACUGUUUUUGGUGUCUCAGAGGAGUAACUGCAGCUUGGUUUGAAAUUUGUACUGUUUCUAUCAUAAAUAAAGUUAUGGCUUCUUGUUGGAUGAAAAAAAAAAAGACAGUAUUUUGCCAAAUUAAACAGAAAAGAGAAUUCAGUGGAACAUGGCUCUGAUUUCAGGGUAAUAAUAAUGAUUCCCACAACGGCUAUCCUGGAAAUUCACCAACAUCACCCCUAAAAUGUCUAACCAUGUUGUCAACUGUGCUGCCUGGUCAAGGACUGAGGACCUGUCUCAGAAUGAUCUUCCUUAAUCACAGAUCUAGUCAUGACCUGGUUUUGCUCAAAACGUUUCGAUGGCUCCUGAUUGCCUGAAGAAUGAUUUUCAAAUUUCUAAGUAGACUCUUCCAGCUCUUCAAACCUGUCCUUAUCAGCCUCUCUGGCACCAUCUCUGGUGACUCCUCUUGUGGCCCUGGGAGAGCCACACCAGGCUGCUGUUCUCAUCUCCUUCAAAUGGGCAGCCUGUUGUCCUAGCCCUGUGGCUCUGCCUUUGCUGAUCCUGUCACUUGAAUGAUCCUCUCUCUCUUCUGGGUCUGGUAAAAUCUCUCUUUUGUAAAGCUGUUGAGAAUGCCUCCUCCAUGUCCAGCUGCAAGUAAUCACUCUUCUGACUGCUUUGUUUAUACCGUUAUAAUAGCACUUAGCAAACUUUACUGCACUUCACUGCAUGCAAAUCUGAUAGGUCCCUCUGAUAGAAUGUAAACUCCGUGAAGGCCAGCCUGGGCUCCUCCAUGUCAACAGAGCUCCGUAAAUACUUUCAUGUUUUAAAUGAGUAAUGAAUAAACCGUUUUAAAAAAUGC